AUGAUUGUAAAACUCGAAAUUUCCCGGGAGAAAAUGGCGCGAAAUCGAAAAAGCGACGAAAUGAUUGGCCGGAAUUGUGGCGGAUGACGUCACCGAGGGAAAUCAAACGAGCCAAUGGGAAAUGUACUUGGCCGUGACGUAUCGAUAGACACUACCGUCCAGUCUAUUAGAGCCAAUAAGAAGUGCAAUAGAUAGUCACGUGACAAUGGAAGAUGGACCCUAUGAAAGUCGUUUGAAAUUCAAAUCAGUUCCAUCAUGGCUUGGGUGUGUAAAGGGUGUUUGGAAAGCUAUUUCGCCUUGAAAUAGCAAAAUAUUAUGGCAUUCUCGAAAAAAAAAGAGUUGCUGUCCACUCGCAGGCUGGCCGUAUUGAAUUUACGGGUCAAGGAAGCCACUUUAACUGCUGCUGAACGUUUAGGAGAUCCACCAAAGGUCAACGUGGCGAUAAUAAAUAAGCUGCACAUUCGAGUCACUUGGAAGCGAGAGGGUCCAUGGAGCACCGCAAGGGAUUUCACUGUCGAUUUCAGGGGCACUGGGACGAGGCCGACUUCCAAAUAUUGCACUGGCCUGAUAAUACCAUGCACCAGUGAUGUAUGUAGCUUUGACAGUAACGAACGCUGUCCAAGUUUCGGUGUAUGCCGUGAAGUGGGAGUUGUUAUAAAAGGGAAUGGCUACAGUUCUCCUGAACGGAGAGUACGAACAGAUGCUUACACGCCUGCCUCUGUCAGCGUUGAAUCGAACGGCGGUUUGCUGAAUGUCUCCUGGCAAGGCCCGGCGAAUAAGGACGGAGACUGCUACACUGGGUCUGUCCUCACCAUAUCGACGCCUUGGACGGAAUACAGCGCCAGUUUCACCGAAAUCCUCAACCAGUAUCAGCACAGCCACAACCUUACGGGAUGUGAUGUAGGGAAUGUGACGGCGUCCUUGAGGUCCUUCGAUCUGAUGGGGAACAGUGCCACGGUGACUAACAGCACAGAGUACUUGGGGGAAAGUGCUUUCCCUGUCAUCAGUGAGCUGAGCGUUACACCUGGACGCAGAAGUGCUUUUGUAUCUUGGGAUCUCCUUGAAAAUUGCACAGAGGCGACCUACCUACUUGCAUGGGCGCCUCCGGACGGCGGUGGAGAAAUGAGAGUUUCGAGCACUUAUGCCAACAUCACAGGCCUUUCGCCCUAUGAAGAAUAUUUACUCACAGUACAGCCACUGAAAGGAACAGAUAACCUGGGAACUCCAAGAAGUGUAGUGUUUUUCACAGAAUAUGAAGGUCUACCAGAGGUCAACAUAACAAUAGCAAAUAAGCUGCACAUUCGAGUCACUUGGAAGCGAGAGGGUCCAUGGGGCGCCGUAAGGGAUUUCAUCGUCGACUUUAGAAGCAUUGGUGAUAGGCCUACCUCUCACCCUUGUACUGGCCAGAUAAUACCAUGCAGCAGCGAUGUUUGCAGUUUUUACAGCCACGAACGCUGCCCAGGUUUUGGUGUCUGUCGUGAUGUGGGAGUCGUUAUAAAAGGAAAUGGAUACAGCACAGAUGAGCUUCAAGUACGGACAGAUGCUUACACGCCAGCUUCAGUCAGCGUUGAAUCGAACGGCGGUUUGCUGAAUGUCUCCUGGCAAGGCCCGGCGAAUAAGGACGGAGACUGCUACACUGGGUCUGUCCUCACCAUAUCGACGCCUUGGACGGAAUACAGCGCCAGUUUCACCGAAAUCCUUAACCAGUAUCAGCACAGCCACAACCUUACGGGAUGUGAUGUAGGGAAUGUGACGGCGUCCUUGAGGUCCUUCGAUCUGGUGGGGAACAGUGCCACGGUGACUGACAGCACAGAGUACUUGGGGGAAAAUGCUUCCCCUGUCAUCGAUGACCUGAAAGUUACACCUGAACGGAAAAGUGUUUUUGUGACUUGGGAUCUUCUUGGAAACUGCACAAGAGUGACCUCCUAUCUACUAACAUGGACGCCGCCGGACGCUGGUGGAGAAAUAACAGGUUCAAGUAGUUUUGCCAACAUCACAGGAUUGUCCCCCUGUCAGGAAUAUUUCGUCACAGUACAGCCACUGAAAGGGACAGAGGGCUUGGGAGCACCAAGGAGUGAAAAAAUACUCACAGGAUAUGAAGUUCCUCAAGCGCCAACCAAUGUGACAGUACUGGCAAUGGAAAGAAGGUCAGACAGUCUGCAUGUGACCUGGACCCAGCCCCCACCUCCCGGCCCCUUGUGUCCGAUCACCAAGAACACCAUCAGCUGGUCUAGAGCCGACACAGGUGGCUCAGCUGGCGAGGAAGAAAUCGCUGCCAGUUCAUCCUACACUAUUAUCGAUCUGGAUCCUUGUGCUCAGUACAGCGUCCUUGUGAAAACGGCCAACGAGGAGGGUUAUGGGGACCAGUAUGGAGAAAAAGCUGGAAACACAUAUGCCAAGCCUCCACAAGCACCAUCCAAUAUAAGAGUACUGAUGGUGGAAGAUGUGUCAGACCACUUGAAUGUAACCUGGACACAGCCUGCAGCUCCUGGACCCCUGUGUCCCAUUACUAAUAACAGCAUCAGGUGGUUUCUAGCCGAGACAGGGGAUGCAGUUGGUCAAGAGGAAAUCAUUGCCAGUGCAGCAUACUCAAUAACUGGCCUGGAAGCCUAUACUACUUACAUGGUACAUGUGGCGUCUAAAACGGAUGGAGGUUUUGGACAAGAAGGUACUGCUAAUAACACCACUGACCAAGACAUUCCUGGUCCUGCGAUAAUUACUUCGCUGGAUAUUGUAACACCUUCGUCACUUUUAGUUAAAUGGCUCCCACCGCCUCGCCCAAAUGGUGUCAUCACGAAAUACAAGAUAAAAUGGAGAUACGGAAAUCAAGUUGAUUCUACAGACCUGAAUUAUAACGAAACACAUUACAGAAUAACAAAUUUAACAGCUUGUGUAUCCCACGAAAUAACUGUUAUGGCUAAGACUAUAAAAGGUUUUGGAGACACAAGUGCCGGAAAUACAACAAUGGCAGUAGCCCCAGAAGCCCCAGAUGAUGUGGUUGCUGCCAUGGUGCCCAAUAUAUCAGAUCAGCUUCAGGUAACAUGGACACCGCCAAAACCACAUGGAAAGUGCACCAUCACCAGUAUCAAGGUCACGUGGAUAUGGCAGAGUAUGGGAGAAAGUCAACAAAACGAGACAGAUGUGUCCAGCACCUCCAAUUAUACCAUCAGCGGCCUAAAACCUUAUACCAAUUACACUGUGUGUGUAGCAGUUCAAACGGAAGGAGGAUAUGGACCUACUGGACACUGCUCUAGUGCUGUCACUGAAGAAGAUGUUCCAGGACCUCCAGUAGUAACAGACAUAGAGCCGUCGCCAGACAGCAUCCAUCUGUUGUGGGAACACCCGGUUGAACCUCGCGGAGAACUACUGUUCUAUAAUUUGAGCUGGAUGAAUGUAGCGGAUACCUCUGAUGGCGGUAAGGAAAAGUUACCUGCAAACCAGACAAGCUACACGAUCACAGGUCUUCGGAGCAAAUCACAGUAUAACAUUUCACUCAUGGCAAAGACUUCUGCAGGGUGGGGCACGGUUAUGGCAGAAACACACGAAACAAGUGAUGUUCCGACCAUAAAUGAGCUUCUGUGGACUGUAGUUGUUAUCGUUCUUGCGCUGCCGGUAAUGAUGGGACUGUUGGUCAUCUAUAGACAGAGAAGAGAUUCAGGAUUUCUGCCUAAUAUAAAUGAUAUCCCGAAUGGCAGCAAAAGUAUUUAUAAAGAGAAAUUUGUUUUCCAAAAUGAAAGCUAUAUAUAUGAUGGACAAGACGUGGAAGAAAUGACCGAAAAUGAAUAUUAUUCAUUUGACGAACAAGACCCAGAAGAAGGUGCGGAAAAUAAUGAAUAUAUAAGCCCGGAACUGUCAGCAAGUCCCAACUCGUCUCCAGAUUCAGCAUUUAACGAGAAUGAAAAGGAAAUAGUUGACGGCGAAACGAACCAUACAACCGAAUUCAGUUCAGACGAAAAAAUUCUGGAAGAUCUGCCACCAUCUGAGAAUACUGCCGAGAGAGCAGAAAACAGCUCCGUCCCAGUAAACCUCAAAGCAGAAUCGACUGAUGGUCAUCCGGAAGAGAAAACGGGUAAGAGCGUUUCGACCAGGAGUGGCUCGCUAGUGCAAGAUGUUAUAGAGAAGACCGAGAACAGAGAGUCCGUACUGGAUUUGAGGAACAUGGGAGACAUUCACGAAGCGGCAAGGAGAGGACUCGCUGGCGACGUCCUCAGAUCGCUGGAAGAUGGCGGAGACCCCUCUGCUUCUACCAGCAGCAAUUACACUCCACUCCAUUUUGCAGCCUUUGAAGGACACACCGAUGUUGCAAGAUUAUUGCUGGAUAGAAAAUCUGACCCAAACCAAACAAAUGAUUCUGGUGACACCCCACUUCAUCUUGCUGCAAUAAAUGGAAAGAUCGAAGUUGUGAAAAUGUUCUCUGAGGAGAAAGGUGUUUCUUUACAUCAUCCAAGUGCAAUGAAUCAAACACUUCUUGCAUACGCAAGACACGGACGGGAACAGCCAAUGUUGGAUGUUCUAAGGAACCCUGAGACUGUUUCGCCGGACGGUAACACGCCCCUCCACUGUGCAUCACUGGCGGGCCAUACAGAAGUUGUUGAGUUGCUGCUUAUGAAAAAAGCAGACGUAAAAAGUGAAACGCCUACCCACCACACACCUUUGCAUUAUGCUGCUCUCACAGGUGACGCUGUUUUGGUCAAACUGUUGGUCCUUCAUGGAGCCGAUCCUAAUGCAACAGACGAACGAAAUAACACACCUCUUCAUUAUGCCGCUCUUUGCGGACACACUUCGGUAGUCGAGCUCCUGUUGGAAGAGAGAGCAGAUAUAAAUAUUCGGACAGAUAUGGGACUCUCAGUCCUUCACAAGGCUUCCUUCUAUGGAAGGCUGUCCACUGUCCAGAAACUUGUUGAACUAGAAGAAACUCUUGUCAACGCACUUGACAAGGAGAAUUUGAGUGCAGAGGACACAGCUCUUAUCCGCGGCCAUGUCCACACAGCCUGGUGGCUCAACAAAAAUACACAUCAAGCUUCUUUACAAGAUCAGAAACCUUUAACGAAUAUUUGCAUGAGCCGAUACAAACAGAGCGGAGACUUCUACCACGCUUACUGCAGAGAGAAGAACGCGAGCGCGGAAGCCUUGGCCACUGCCGUUGACUUGGGCGUCUGCGACAUGCACUACCAGGACGAGCGGGGCCGGACGCUGCUCCACGUGGCGGCGGAGCAGGGCGACCGACCCAAAAUCGGGGUCCUGCUGGAGCGCGGCGCCCUGCCCACCGCCCGCACCCACGACGGCAAGACGCCCUCGGACCUCGCCCGGGAGAAGGGCCACCUGGAGGCUGCAAAGGCGAUUGCAGACGAGGUCAAAGUUGAAGAAAUGGGUCUUAAAAAGAAAAUGCUAUACACUCACCUGCUGAAUCUGAUAACUGCAACAGCAAAAGCUAACUUACAAGGAGAUAAUGAGGAACAGGCAGCCCGUCUUACAGCGGUGAAGGAGGCCUCUUCAUUACUGGCUUCCGGUGCUCCUUUGGAGCCUCCGGGAGGCCACUCCUGUUACCCGCUGCAUCAUGCUAUAACCACCAACUGCACUUCUCUACUGCCGUUACUGCUGGCUGCUGGAGCGCCGUUGACAUCGUCUGCUGACAGAUUUGGUCCUGUACAGAUGGCAUGGAUGACCCCGGAUGCCACACCAUGGGUUGGCGUUGUUGUAACAAGGGCUAUGAUACAUAAGAUUCAGAUGGAAAUGAAGCUCCUGGAUCCUGAACUGCAGAUUUCAGCAGAAACUUUGGUAAAGUCGUUGGAGGGAGACAAACCUUGGGACGCAAAGAUCAACGUAAUCGGAGACUCAUCAAGCACACUAGACAGUCUUUCGUUCCGAGCCUGUGCCAGUGGAGCAACCACAGUUGCCUGGUGGAUCUGGCACAGCGGAGGUAGUGCUGUGUCCCAGAACAAGAACGAAGAAACGCCUCUGCACGCCGCUCUAGACGCAGGGCAUCUUGGCACAGCGAGUGCCCUCGUCCUCCACAUGGGGGCGAAUCUCUUCCUGCCGGACAAGAACGGGCGGGCCCCCAUCGAUCUGUUGCCAGAUGGUGCCACCAGAGAGCAGCUUCUUAAGGCUUCAUUGACAAGAGAGUGUCGGCGUUUGGCUGAUGAAUCGGAGAAGGCUCGAGAACCAAUAAAGAAAGAGGAAGCAAAGAAGUUUGUUGCUCUUCUCCUUUCACUGUAUUGCGCUUAUGAUUCAGAAAGAGACGCAGAUACUGACCAUGAUCUGCGUUGCUGGAAGACAGUCUUCGGGUGCCUAAACGAUGAAUUAUCCGAAGGUGAUGAUGACUGGAUGGCGAAACUCUUUCGUGUCUUCAGAAAACUGAAUACAAGAGAAUGUGAAGAUAAGGGAUCGGCAAGUAGUUUCAGUGAUGACACCUACAGUGACUGGAUGGACCAGGUUGUUGAAAAACCGUUUGAGUAUAUCGUGGCUAGCGUCCCCCUGAGUAAUUCAGAAAAUGAUAUACAAAUGAACACCUUAACUAAAAUCUUAGAAAAAGCAACGAUUCUAAGUUGCGAAAGGGAGUUUCCCCUAUUUCUCCAUCUCUUGGUGCAAGUGGGAGGCCAGAAGGUCGAUCAAGAACUGGAAGUGUGUCGGGCAUCGCCCUUGCAUUACGCCGCUCUGAAGAACAACGUUUCUGCAGCCAGGUACCUCGUCAGUCACGGAGCUUCGGUUGAGGCAAAGGAUCGUUUCGGCAACACUCCUGCACACUAUGCCUGUAUGUACGGCCACAAGGAUCUAGGGGAGUUUUUGAGGACAUAUAAAGUAAACACAUAUGGAUUAACAGCAAUGGACAUUCUAGGUGGUUAUGUAAACUACCUGAAGUUAUAUGAGCUGGAUUUAAAAUCUCUAGAAAAUAUAGAUAUGCAAAAAACUAACACGGGUCCUCAAAGAAUAAAAUAUCUUUUGAAGGAGCUGAAGAAAAAAUGGCAGUCAAAUGGUAUAGGUAAAACUGUAUCUAAAGUCCAUGUCAACUAUUCAAGGGGAGAAUCUCAAGACAUAGAAAAAGCUGUAUUUAAUUUUGUAGACAGUCUCAAAAACUUAGUUGCAAAGAAAAAUCCUAUGUUCAAUGGAAAAGUAGUAAUGCUAGGAAGUUCUGCAGACAACGUUAGGCUCUUCUGCCCUGACGAGUUUGACUGUAAUAUUGUAUUAAGCAGUUUUAAUGGAGGUUUGCAAGUGUCACUGGAAGAAAUGGGACCUAACUAUAGUGGCUGUAAAACUAAAAUUAAUGUAUCAUCAAAAGAUAAGAACAUUAUCAGCCUUCUUAAAGGAACUAGAUUCUUGCAUACAUUUUAUGAUUUGGUUAAAGGUUGUAUUUCAAAUAUUGACCCUGAAGAUGAAAGAAUGACAAUUAUUCCACCUGGGGUGAAAAGAACCAAAGUUGGAGUGGGACUCAGCCUUGCCUGGACGGGUAAGGAGUUUCCAUUACUGCUGGUGGAUGUGGAUAUCGUGCCCACUAUGGAAGCUCCCUGGCCGCCGGAUCUCCCGAGGCCACCUCUUACGCCACCUUACCUGAAGUCAGUCUACAUCAACAGCAUUGGCAACGGCGAGUGGAGGUUCUCCUUCGCAAAGGCAGAGAAUGAAAUCAUGAAGAAUCUGACUCCUGAUCAGAGGCUAGUGUUCCUAGCGUGUAAAAUGGUUCUUAGUUCCCUCAAAGUGGAAAAGUGGGCAUCAAGAGAUAUUCAAAACAGAUUUAAAUAUUUUGAUAAAAUUUUCUUCAAAAUUUCCUCGCCAAAGAGUUUUAUUUUAAAGAAUACAUUUUUCCUGGAACUGCAAGAAUUCAAAGACCAGAGAAACUAUUGGACUGACCACUUAGAGAAAAGGAUAAGAUCAAUUUUUGAACGCAUGUGUGAAAAGGAUAUUAAAGAACCUGUGAAAAUAGAAGCUUACUUUGCAGGCGGGACAGAAGCUCCAUCCAUUGGUUACGGGGCAUCAGAAAUUGUUUCAUUCUUCACUCCAAAACCCGGCUUUCACGGAGUAAGUGAAUAUUAAGCUGAACGGAGAGGUUUUAAUUAUCA